AUGGGGGGAGUGGAGUGGGUGGACGUCGCGCCUCGCCCGCUCACGGGGAGCGGGGAGCCGAUUGGAAUCGCGAAGAGGAAGGCGGAUCAGCAGAGGUACCUGCAGUGGUUCACGGCGUCGAGCCUCCGAGGAGCCGACAGGCAGCAGCAGCAGCAAGUGCCACCGUCUCAACCCUUUCCAAUCCCAAUCCCCGCGUCCAUCAAUAACAACAACAACAGCAGCGGCGGCAACAGCAUCAAGGGGGUCGUUCUGCCGCUGCCGUCUUCCGAAGAGGCCACUUUGGGCGCCCGCUCGCGACCUUUCCUCUGCAGGCACCGUUCAGUCGUGAUGGAGGACAUCGACGUCGAUCCCCGGACCAUGUCGUCGUCCGACUCGUCCACUUCGUCGUCGUCGACGCCGCUGAGUGCACGCAGACCGGGGGAGAGCUUCGCCGUGCAGCUGUGGCUGCAGGAGCGGCAGCAGCUGCGGCUGCAGCAGUGGCAGCAGCCACAGAGAGACGAAGACAACUACAGCACUCUGCAACAGGACCCGGCACCGUUUAGACAUGAUGCGCAUCGACGUGACCUGGUGGCUCAAAUCGCCCUAUCCCAUCGACGACUCUUCCCUGUCGUCCGACUCGUCUGCUUCGUCGUCGUCGACGCCGCUGAGUGCACGCAGACCGGGGGAGAGCUGCACCCCGCAGCAGCUGCAGAGUGGCUGAGGCAAUUGCAGCACUCGGCUACAGCACUCGUCACUCCCACCUCUGGCCGACGUCAAGAUGCCUCCGGCUCCGCUGGACAUCCGCUGGACAGAAAGCCGUCAGCAUCAGAGUCCGACGCGGAUCAAAGGAAAUCGCAAACCACCACGCAGCCCGAUGGUCCCGAUGAAGACCAACAUGGAACGGCCGACCCCAACGGACAUCGUCUGAAUAAUCCUGAAGAUGGCGUGGUUCGAGACAUGGAUGAGUCGACGGCUGUCAAGCUGAUCAAAGGGAAGAGGCCGGAACUGAAGUUAUGGAUUGGCAGGGACCCCACGUACCUGCUCGACUACUUGGACAGCAAAGAGUUGAUCUCUCGGCGCGAAUACAACAAGGCCAAAGACAUGAUGGUGAAAGAGGAGUGCGCCAACUUUCUGAUUGACGAGUUCAUCAACAGGGACGAGUGCCUCAAGCUCUGGAGGGCUCUCGAAAGCCUACAGGACCACUACCCCCAGCUGACGGAGUGGAUCUCAGCCUGUGUGUCAACCACACAUCACGCUUGUGACGGGAAGCCUGGUCACUCUAAUCAGCCCGACUCGACUGAAUUGGAUCAAGAUGAACAACAAAUCACGCAGAUUGAUUCCAAACGAAAUACGUGGGUCACUAUAAUCACUGAUGAGCUGCUGCAGGUCCACGAGAUGCCGCAGUCCAACGGCGUCGUCUCGGCCUACCCGCACGUGAUGAGGCUUGCAGGCAUGGUGGAUUCCUUCAUCAGCGAGGCGAGCGAGAACCACGGGCAGAACGUAGAGACCAGAGAGAACCACGCCAUUCUGAACCUCCUAAAAAACCAACCCCUCGUCCACGUCGUGGGAGGUGGUAACAGGUGA